AUGCUGAAGGUGGAAAAUCUGUUGCCUUGCGUUGGGCAAAAGACUAAUGGGUUUUUCAUGUCAGCUUCCAAAGAGAUCGGACCUUUUCAAGACGUAACGGGAAAUCAGUUUGAGAUUCAAGCAGAGAUCGUCAAGCCUAACAGAAGCGCUGUGUUGCAGAGAUCACUAGCGCUAGCGACCACGAUCCACCCACAGUUUGCCACUAUCACCCUUGAGGAGCUUGCCGUGGAGGUUGUGGGAAUUGAGCUGGCCCUCGAAGUCAUCCAGACUGUUCAUGGAAAUGUGCAUGUUAUGGUCAAUCCCAACUACUCCUACAACACCGAAGCAAUAUUUGCAAAUGCUCAGCGUCUCCAUCUUAUCUGCCAAAUCAUUGACCCCAAUUUUGACACGUCUCGUCUGGUUACCAAGCUACCAGCAACAUGGGAGGGAAUGCAAGCCGCACGUCAGCUCAAGCAAAGCGGAAUAAAGACUUUGGCCACGACUCUCUUCUCUAUGGAACAGGCGAUCCUUGCGGGCGAAGCCGGCUGUAUAUCAAUUUCACCGUUUGUGCAUGAGCUCAAAACCGAAACUUACAAGGGAUACAAGGACAACAAUCCCAUUCUCGGUGUAUGUGUGCAAGCACAACACUUCUACCGUCAGAAUUCUAUGCCCACACGACUGAAAGCUUGUGUAACACUGAGUCUCGAUGAGCUGAUUAUGCUCGCUGGGAUUGACGCACUGACCAUAGCACCCGGCGUUCUGAAGGAUCUGGCAGCUACCCAAAGACCGCAGGAGGAGGUGGAGAACAUGUCCUUAUUUGGGAAAUCCGACAAGGUCCCAACUCCUGUCGGUUAUCCAUCAUACAUUGAUUCCGAGAGUCAAUACCGGGUUUAUUUUGCUGCAAGUGAGGGUGGAAAGGCGCAGUUUAAGACAGCACAGGCAAUUGCUCUGUUUUGUGAUGCCCAAACUGCGGUGGAGUUGUAUGUCAAGUCUCAAUUGGAGGACACUUCUUACAUUCCGAUCAAUUUAUGA